AUGUCAUCUAUUACAAAAACUGUUACAUCUUCUAAUGAUAAGAAGAAGCCCGACGAACAGAAAAAAACAUUUAACGGUAAUGAUGCAUUUGUAUCAUUGAAAACAAGUUUACAAGGAAAUAUAGAGACCAUAAAUACUAUUUGUAUUAGUUUAUUACAAAAUUGGGAACGUUUAUUACAAUUUAAUUAUAAUACAAAUGAAAAAGAUGGUACGCUAUUAAUAGCAUUAACAUAUAUAAUACAAACAAUACUCAGUAUUAUUAAUGAUAAAUACAAAUAUUAUUUAUCAAACAGUGAACCGUUACAACAAUUAAUUAUUAUUGUACCAAAAAUUGCUUCAUUAAAUAUCAUUGAUAAUUUAUUAGAAAAAGAUAAACGACGUUCUCGACAAACAUUUAUACAAUUAUUAGAUAUUAUAAAUAAAUCUUCUGAUUUAAAACGAUAUAUUAGAAAAAAAUCUUCAUUAUCGGUUGUUCACUAUUAUGAAAUUAUUUUAUAUGCUAUUCUUGACGUAGCAAAUAAAGCUGCAAUGUAUUCUGUAUUUGAAACAAAUGAUCUAAAACAAUUUACAUCUAUAUUUGAUAGUUUUAAGAUUUAUUUAACUACCUAUUUUAACGAUAAUACAAAGUUAGAUCAAUUGCCAAGUGUUUGUUUUGAAUUACAAUCCAAUCAUAAAAUUUGUAUUAGUAUUCUAUCGUUAAUAUGGACUUUAGCUGAUAAAACAAAACUUGUUCCAUUAUUUAUUUCAUGUGGUUGUCCAAAAUCAGUUUUAGAUUGGAUACAAUUAUCACAUUUACGUUUCGAACAUAAACGGCCAUUAAUUAGUAUUAUUCAUAAUUUGGCACGUAAUCCACAAGGACAAUCAACAUUUAGAAAAAUAGAUGAAAACGGAAUAUUGGACAAAAUACGACCUGCAAUUGAAAAUUAUAAGGAUAAUGAUAUAAAUGUUAUAUACUAUAUGGGUUACACAUUGAUCUAUGGUCAUGAACUGUUGGAACUAUCUUUAAAAGAACUACGUAAUCAAGAGACACAUUAUUAUAAAGUUGCGGUAAUUAAGCAUAUUUUUGAGUACAAUAUUAACGCAUGUUAUACAUCGAUUGAACAUAAACAAAUGUCUUUUAAUGGUUUUCAUUUAUCAGAAUUAUUAGUAGUAUUAGAAAAAUUAUUUAUAUCCGAUUAUAUUGUUCAGUAUUGUUUGGAAUUAGGAUUUUCUUUGCAAUCUGAACCAAUAAACUACAUAUCUUUGUUUUCUAAUACGUUAUUAUCGAUUUAUGGAGCAAUUACAGACGGUGACGAACGUGGAAAAUUAGCUUGUGAAUCAAUUAUAUAUAUCAUAUGGAGUUUGACAUUUUUCGCCGACAAAGAGAUUGCAGAUCAACUGAAAACUAUAAAAGGUCAAUUAAAAUCUAACGGUAAUCUUCUCAUUGUACUUCACAGAUUAACGGAAACCGAUCAUACAACAACUGAAGCAGUCAAAUGUAUUUUACAUAAUCUCGACGAAUUGCCAUUAACAUCGGUAAUAAAAAAUCUGAUUUCAUUCAAUAAACCGGUACUAUCAUUUAGUUAUACAAUCCAAGAUAAAUUGUUUGUUA